AUGUUCUUUGUGCUUUUCUUUGUUGCCUUUUCAAACGCAGAUUAUGCAAUUAAAUACGAAUCAACUGGCGAAUUCAAAGCUUACAAACUUGGGAAGUGUUAUUACAAAGGUGAUGGUCUUUAUGUUCGAUACGAGAAAAAGGAUUCAAAUCUUGAGUACUACUCUGGGUCUUCUUGUGACAAAACCGUUUUAGGCGGAUCAGGAAGUGGGUUUGACAAACUUCAAGACUACCGAUUGGAGUCUAAGCUUCCAAAAUAUUAUUUAGUUAAAAAGACCUUUGAAGAGACCACAACAUGCCUUUUUACUGAUGAUGUGAUUUCUCCAGAAUAUAAAUAUUAUCCAGAAGGCUGUAUAACCAGUGAGGGAGAGUCCAAAAAGUAUAGUAUUGAUAACAACCUUGUUCACGUCUAUUCAUACUUAAAUUCCAAAUGUGAAGGCACUGGUGAAAUAGAUACUGAAGAGUACAAAAAGUGUUUAAUAAACGGAAAGAAUAGUUGGAUGUUCACCGACAGUUCUGUAAGCCUCUCCUUCGCUUUAGCAAUCGGAUUCCUCAUUUUUAUGUUCUAA